UCAUUCACCACCGAAGUUGCCCUGCACUCGCUCGUCACCUAGACACUGCGUACACGAUGGCCAAGAGUCUGCGCUCCAAGAUCAAGCGAAAGUUCCGUACGGAACUGCGUAAGCGCAUCGGCGUGCGCACAGGCGAUUCAGGAGGCCAAGAUCCAGGAAACCUCAGAAGGCCAUUGGCUGCUCAAGGCACUGGCAAGUCGGUCGCAAGUCUUAAGAAGCUCAUGGGUGCCUCAGUACCCGUUGCUAGCAGCGAAAUUACCGGCGUAGUCAAGGAACAGACUCCUGCUGAGGCCGAGGCCGCUCUGCUGAACCAGGAGGCCGACGCAAACAUGGAAGACGUCAAGAAGGCUAAGAAGGACAAGAAGAACAACAAGAAGCGCAAAUCCAAGUUCGUACACUUCCACCAACUGCGCAAGAAGGGUGUGUAAGCUCGUGGGAGGCCUGGAAAUGACGCUCGACCAAAUGGCGAUCGAAGUGUGAGGAGACGUCAAGUGGAUGCGAUCGACCGCUGUUACUCUGUAAUCUGCUAUUAUCCAGUUUAUUUUUAUGACUGUUAUCGUGGGCUAGUCGUCCCAAUCGGAGAUCUCUGUUGCUUGCUGG